GAUAUAAAAUAUCAACCAUUAAAAAAUAAUGAUGAGGAUCACUUGAUAUCCGAUUCAAAUGGAAAUGUUACUAAUAUUAGAGAAUUUAAAAGAUAUUGGUUUUUAAAAGUUUUACUUAUAUGUUUUAUAAUUGUUAAAGCAAUUUAUGUGAUAAAUAAUUUUGAAACUAUUAUAAAUUGGCUACAAAACCAUAAUAGUACGGAUAUUAAUUAUAAUGAAACGCAUACGGAUAUAUAUGAAGAGGGGCAUUUUGCAGCAACAACAAUACUCUAUGAUUUAGCAAAUAAAACUAUAGUUAAGGAAGGACAUUAUAUGGCAACCACUAGUAGCAGUAGUAAUAUUACUAAUACUACUACAACUACUAGUAAUAAUUAUUAUGAAAUUACGACAAAGAAAGAUGAAAAAACCAUGAAGAAUAAUAAUAAUUAUGAUAAUGAUAUUCAAACUAAUGAUUAUAAUAAUGUGGAUUCAACAACAUUAAAAUUAGAAACAAUUUUAAAAGAUGAUGUAAAAACAACGACAACGGCAACAACAUCAAUUAAUAUAAAUAGUAAUAACAAUAAUAUAACUACAAUAGAAACCCCAACAACAACAACAACUGCAAUUUAUUUAAAUAAUACAAUAAUUACCUCAACACUAUUACAAACUACAGAAUUAGUUACUGACCCAUCAAUAUCCAAAAUCAUUACGACAAAAACAACAUCGAAACCAAUGACGCCACCACCACUUAAAAUACCUGAUGUAAAACCUUCAUCUCCAACAAAUGAAUCAAAUAAAAAAUUUUUCAUUAACACCAGCCAAUGUCAUAUACCCUAUGUGGAUCCAUUUACAUCUGAUGUUCGUAAGAUAUUUAAACCACAACAUAGUACGGGUUGCACGAAAGAUCAGCCCAUUAUAAGUGUUUCCUUUAAUGAGUUCGAUUAUCAUUAUCAUUUAAAUAUUAACUAUACAAUAGCUGAAGAAUUACGAAAAGAUACAAAUAAAUUGAAUCCUAUAGAGGCGGAUGUAUUGUGCUGCUAUCAAGAAAUACUACGUAGCGGAAGUGGCUCAAAUGUUGAUGCUAGUUUUAAAUUACUGCCAUGUACAAAUUUCCAUCAAGACUUUGUGGUUCCAUUGCAUAUACACGGUAUAAUUGUUAAUUGUAAAUCAAAAUCUAAAAAUACAACUUUACAGGAAGAUGCAUUUUCCUUUAUACAAAUGAAUAAAACCAUAAUCCAACAGGAAUCUCAAAAUGUUACAGUUCAACGUCGAAAGCCAAGUAUAUUAAUGAUCGGUAUAGAUACUUUAUCGCGGAUGAAUUUUCGACGAAAUAUGCCGGAAAUGUUAAAGUAUCUUGUUAAAAAUAAUUGGUAUGAACUGUUGGGUUAUAAUAAGGUUGGCGACAAUACAUUACCUAAUCUAAUGCCACUGUUAGCUGGUUAUACUAGAAACACUGUCAACGAUAAAUGUAAUCCCAGAUUUAAGGUGGGUGGUUUUGAUAACUGCAAUUUCAUAUGGACCACGUUUAAAAAACAUGGUUAUCAUACGGGAUACGCCGAAGAUGCCACUACUAUUACAACAUUUAAUUACAAACUGAAAGGUUUUAAAAAUCCACCAACCGACUAUUACUUUCGACCCAUAGCGCUGGCCAUUGAAAAAUCGAUGAAGAAAAAGACCAAGGCUGGAUUAAAUUAUUGCGUUGGACGUCGACAGUAUGGAGAGUAUGUCUAUGAUUAUGGCACAGAAUUUGUGAAACGUUAUAAGAAUCUUACGAGCUUUGGAUUUUUCUGGACUAACUCAUUUAGUCAUAAUUCUUAUGAUGUCUCAGCCACUAUGGAUAACACUAUGGUCAACUAUUUUAAAGAAUGGGAAAAGCAGGAAAUAUUUGAUAAUUCAGUGGUAAUGUUUUUUAGCGAUCAUGGCGUUAGAUGGGGUCCAUUAUUAAAAUUAUCGCAAAGUUUUCUGGAGGAACGUUUACCAAUGUUUUUCAUAUCUUUGCCAAAAUGGUUUCGACAAGAAUAUCCGGAACUUGUGAGAAAUUUAGAAAUCAAUCAAAAGCGUUUAGUUAAUCCAUUUGAUAUAAAUAUGACACUGCAGCAUUUGCUGAAAUUGGGAGAACCCACUUAUGAAAUGCAGCAAACUUAUGAUUGUCCUAAAUGUCAAAGUAUAUUUGAGGAGAUACCAGAAAAUCGUACUUGUGAAGAUGCCAGCAUACCAAAAACAUGGUGUACUUGCAAACCUUUUAGAACAGAAUCAACCCAAAGUGAAGAGGUUAAGACGGUGGCGAAACUAAUCGUAGAGGAAAUUAAUCGUUAUUAUAAACUUAAAAAUAUAACAUCUUUAUGCAGUCCAUUGCAAUUAAAGGAAAUAACAAAUGCCAAAAUAAGUGAUACAGAUGAAUUGAUGACAUCUUCGCAACAUAUAAUAACUUAUGUAAUUGAUUUUUCAACGGAUCCUAAAACCGAACCAAAAACACUAUUUAGUACCACCGUAGAUUAUAAUAGACAAAACAAAAGUAUUGUACUAAAUGUUGAUGACAUUAGUAGACAAAGUCUUUAUGAAAAAACCGCCAAAUGUAUAGAUGAUAAGCAGGCUAAAAAAUAUUGCAUCUGCAAAGACUCUUUAAAAUUGCCAAAAUAAUUAACUAAAACAAUUAAGGAAAUCAAACAAAGUACAAAAGAAUACAAUAUGAAAAAGAAAAGGGGAUGGACAAAUUAUAAAUAAUAAUCAUUAGUGUGGUCGAUAUCUUUGCCACAUCGAUCUUCUAUGUACUGUUUGUUACAUUUAACUACUACUUCCUUCCCAUCGAGUUAAACGUUACGGCAGUUUUCCUAUUGUUAUUGAAUCUCAACUGAAAGAGAUAACCGGUACCGUUUGUAUCGUCAAGUAUCAAGUGUCUUAUCAAAAUUGACGAUCUGUUAACAAUGUUAUUGUAAACAAAACCUUAACAAAUUAUAAAUUGCUCGUACCAAAACUAUUAUUUUUCACAAAAAAAAACACUACUUACUACUCAAACCAUCACGAACCUAAUUGUGUUUUACUAUAUUUAUACAUGUAUAUAAUGGUAUGAAUACAUGUUUUGAAGUUUUUCAUUUUUAACAUUGACUGAUCCAUACAGAUUUUAAUGAUUCUUGUAUUUAUAUUCUCUUCUCUUUUCGGUGUUUAAAAAAAGGGAUGGAAAUUUCUAUUAUGAUUUUGUUACAAUUAUUUUAUUGCUAUAACAUUUCUUUUUCAUUUCUUUUUGUACAAUUUACUGUAAUUGUAUUGUUCAUUAAAUUCUAAUUAUUUAAAUUUUAAAAAGUAAAUUAAUAUAUUAUUCAUUUAUUUAAUCGAAAUUUAGAAUUGUUUUGUUGCAUUAAUAGUUUAUUCUGGCUAUUUCUGACUAAAAUCUAAUAACUGCUAAAUUAAGGACACUUUACACGUUCACACUUUACAUACGUAAAGUCUAAUGAAAAAAUAAAAUUAAAAUCCAUCCGUAUAACAAAACAAGUAAGAGUGCUAUAUUCGGCUGUGCCGAAUCUUAUAUACCCUUCACCAUAGUAUAUUUUA